AUGGUGUAUGAUGUGGUGAUAAUCGGCGGUGGUGUCUUUGGACUUUCAACUGCUGCACAGUUCAUCCGCUCGGGCCAAAAAGUCGUGGUUAUCGAUAAAUACGCGAUUCCAUCUCCUAUCUCAGCUGCAAAUGAUUACAACAAAAUAGUUAGACUGGAAUAUAACGAUCCGGUAUACGCGGGCAUGGCGGUGGAAUCCAUGAAUUACUGGCAAGGCAAUGCUGGGGAGCUUUUACCUCGAGGUCUUCUCCACAAUACCUAUUCUCAUUGUGGCCGUAUCAGUGUCGUACCCCCGGAAACGACUGCUCGUUAUAAAUUUGAAUUGCAGAGUUUAGAGUUGUUAAAGAAACAAUUUGGUAGAUGCAAUGAUGUUUCAGAAUACAAGGGUGAUCUGACAUGUAGUGGAAUCUUCCCUCAAUUUUCAAAUGCAAGGUUACCCCCUACACAAUUGUUAAGAUUCAAUCCUGACUGUGGAAUUGGGAUCGCUGCUAAAUCUUUGACGCGGAUGAAACAGUAUUGUGAACAAAAUGGGGUCCAAUUUAUUGAAGCAGACGGUGUUACUCACGUAGUUGGAGGGGAUCCUGUUAAAGUCGAAACGGCAAGCGGCAGAAUCAUAGUUGCUCGAAGAGCUCUAGUUGCGUGUGGCGCAAACUCUUCCUCACUUUUACCCACCGGUCAGUUGGUCAAAGCUACAGGCUUAUACGUUGGUCACAUCCAACUGACUGAACAGGAAUAUGAAAAAUACAAAGGCAUCCCAGUCGUAUUCAAUCCAGCGCUGGGUUAUUUUUUCCCGCCUGACGAAGAUACAAAGACUUUGAAAAUCUGCGCAUGCGCAAGCUCUACCUACGAUAAGUCAAGUGACGGAGUGCGGCCUCGUUACAAGGUGGAGGAACCGUCUAUCGUAAGGAGUAUCCCAAGGCAAUCUGUUACCCAAAUUCGAACCCUGAUUAGUCAGUAUCUCCCAGACUUACUGGAGUUCAACGGCAAGUUACGUGAAAUCAUUGAUUGUAAAAUUUGCUGGAUAAGUGACACUUCCAAUUCCGACUUUGUGAUAGACGAAGUACCUCAUCAGCCUAACGUCUUCGUAAGUUGUGGUGAUUCUGGUCACGGUUACAAAUUUCUUCCCAAUAUUGGGAAAUACAUAAAGAAGAGGAUGGACGGAACUUUGGCAUCUCCAUUAGCGAGCAAAUGGAAAUGGCGCGAAGGAGCAUGGGGAAAAACAAAGCUUGGUUGGCGUAUGGAACAUAAUCGAAAGCAUAUAGAUGAGAUAGAAUGGUUUGAAUCCAAGCUACAAAGCAAAUUAUAA